AUGGCUGGUCUGGUCGACUUGAGGAACCAAUGGAUCGGCGGCGCAUCAGUGUUAGUCCAGACGGGGGACAUCGUCGACAGAGGCAAGGAUACAAUCCUGUUGUAUAAAUGGAUGGAUGCAUUACGGACGGAAGCCCAACUCGCUGGUGGAGCAGUAGUGAGCCUACUGGGGAAUCAUGAAUACAUGAACGCGCUAGGAGAUUGGAGAUAUGUGACGAAGGAAGAUAUCGAGACAUUUGGAAGUGCUGAGAGCCGACGAAAGGUGAUGUCUACGCAGGGAUGGAUCGGGAAGAGCUGGAUAGCGAACUACUCGGUAACGGCGAGGGUACCGUAUCCUCUCGGCUUUGGAGAUUUACCAAUGGUCUCAUCCGAGACAUCGACGACUCGGCGGUUCACCGAGAGCUUCGAGCCGGCGGAGGAGCGCGCGCUGGACCCGUUCCUCGACGCCGCUACCGUCUUCGUCCACGGCGGGAUCACACCCGAGUAUGCGGCCGUGGGCGUCUCGGAGAUCAACCGGAUCGGCCAGUCCCUCCUCCAUCGCGCCCUCGACGGCCAGAUUCCCUACCACCAUCUGCCCCCUCACACUCCUGCCGAAGAAGCGCAACUUUACGCCGAACAUGGCCCGCUUUGGGAACGCUCCUACGCACUCGAGGAUGACGAAGCCAUCAUCUGUAGGCAGAUCGAGAAGGCUACUGAACGCCUCCACGUUAGAAGGAUGGUCAUGGGCCAUACUCCUCAAUUCAAAGGGAUCACUAGCAGGUGUGGGGGCAAGAUUUUAUUGAUAGAUACAGGUAUUUCAUCGGCUUAUGGUGGCCCUCUGACCGCUCUCGAAAUCAACUACGCGCUCACUCCCAUCAAACAUAACUCUACUUGGUCUUCCUGGAACGAAGUCGAGUCUGUCUUUGCACUCCAAGAACUCAAGUCCAAGAAACAGUUGGCUGGCUUCCAGCGAGUCGUUAACUUGACUCGACAUGAUUGA